AUGGGGCGCGUGGGGCUCGACGACGGCGUCGCGAAGGUCGCCGCGGUGGUCCUGAACCGCCCGGUCGCGGACCUCACCGCGGCGGAUCUGAAGGAACUCAUGAUCGGUUUCGCGUUUCACGCCAAGGACGUCUCCGCGAUCGACGCCGCACGGUUUUGCUUCGUCGCACUUCGCCGCGAAGUCGAGGACGCGAUCGCGAUGGAGGAGUUGCACGACCUCGUCGAACAUUCCUUGCUCGGGCGGACUUGCGAGAUGUCGCGUGGGGAACGACGGCGAUGGAUGAUCGAUCUCUUUGGGGAUCUCCCACGCGUUUCCUUUGCCGAUUUCACGCGCUACUUUUUGCAUAAUUACGCGAUGUGGGCAGCGUUUGGGGUACCGCUCGCGGUCGAUAUGGCGACCUCCCCCGCGCAAUGCCAUCAUCACCUCGUUGGGCCUCUUUCUGAGGCGUUGGAAGCAGCAGGGGAGGGAGGGGCUUUCCUGCUCGAUCAUCCCGAGUUUCAAACCCCACUCCAAAUAGAGGAAGAAAGGGAAAGAGGAGGAGGAAGAAGAGAAGAAGGGGGGGUCAUGAUAUCUGGAAGCCCCUCUGCGCCCUCACACCAACCCCCUGCAAACGAGUGGCGAACCUUCGUGGUGCUUGUUAAGAGCACAAAAAAGAGUUUUAGCGUUACCGCCCACGUCGAGGAUCGCGUCGGGGAUGUGAUGCAGAUGGUGGAGGCGAGCUGUGGGAUUAAAGCGGCCCGUCAGGAGUGGUGGAUUGGCGGGGAAACCCGAAUCGAGGCGAAAACGCGCAUCGGGAGCACCACCUUAGGGGUUCCCCCUGCUCUCAAAUCGAGCCGAGGCUCCAGCCCGCGAAAUGGCCCCCCGUCGGUGGAUGUCGUCAUUAAAGAACAAGAGGAAACGAUUGUGUUGAAUUUUUCCUAUAAGGCGAAAAAUAUGCGCUGGCAGGAACGGGUUCCAGCGGAGGAAAAAGUCCUCAAGCUUCGCGCCGCGGUUCAACGAAGAACCUUGAUUCCUCUAUCUCGUUGCACGCUUCGUGUGGUUUCGGCGGAGGGUGAGGGUGGCAAGGAAAGCAAAACAAGUAGCACCCCCGCGGUGAUUCUGCAGGAUCGACAUCCUAUAUCCCAUUAUCACCUCGAGUCCGGCGUCAUGAUAGAAGUUCUUCAACAGUAA